AUGGCAAGGGUAGAGUAUUGGCCUCGAUAUGGUCUUGAGAAUUACACAUUCGUUUUUCCAUUCGAAAAAAGUUUUGAUUCUGUACAAUCCACCAAAUGGAUGCAGCACAAUUGGCUUCAUUCAGUAUCAUCAUCGGUUUUGUACGUUAUUGCCAUAUAUGCUGGACAAAAGAUUAUGCAGUCGCGUAAACCAUACUCAUUGCGCAUACCAUUAAUUUUAUGGAAUUUUUGUUUGGCGGUCUUUUCGGUUGUCGGUGUUUUACGAAUGAGUCCAGAAAUGUGGUGGAGUGUGACUGCAAAUUCACUUGAAUAUUCUAUUUGUACGGCAUCAUUCGCGCAAGGCGUUACUGGCUUUUGGACGGAGAUGUUUGCAAUGUCGAAGAUAAUGGAAUUUGGUGAUACGGCAUUUCUUGUGUUACGAAAGCGACCAUUGUUAUUCCUGCAUUGGUAUCAUCACGUUACAGUUUUAGUCUACACUUGGCAUGCAUAUAAAGAUCAUACAGCAUCGGGACGUUGGUUUAUUUGGAUGAAUUAUACGGUGCAUGCCUUCAUGUAUACCUAUUAUGCGUUGCGUGCAUUACAUAUACGUCUACCGAAAGUAGCCGCAAUGAUGUUAACCGUCCUACAAAUUCUUCAGAUGGUCGGCGGUGUUACAAUAGGAAUUUCAAUUCUUAACAUCAAAUUAGCCGGUCGUGAAUGUCAACAAACUUGGGAGAAUCUUUAUUUCUCAUUCACAAUAUAUCUGUCAUAUUUUCUACUCUUCUGCAACUUUUUCUAUCAUGCAUAUAUUAAAAAGAACAACCGAUAUGAAUCAUUGCAAAAGGAAGAUGUAUUGAAGACAACGAAUCACUUGAACAUUCAAGGAGAGCAACAGCAGCAUCUGAAUGGAAUGACGACUACAACAGUGAAGUAUGAUGAUGAAGCUGCGACAAAAGGUGGUCUUAAGAGAAGAGCGGUACGGGCCGAUUGA